CUCUGAUGGCUACAUAGGAUGAGAAGAACAUACGCUUCCUUUCUCAAUUGUGAAGUUCUCUGUUCUGACUUCUGGUUUCAGCAACUGCGACGUCAGUGGAAAAAAAAACUGCUUCUAUGAGACGAUGGUGAAAAAGUAAGGAAAAAAAACAGCGAACUGGACGAAACCACAACCAUUUUCCAGCUGAAUUGGUCAAGUAUAAGCAAAAUCACAAUGGCUGAUACCACUGAGAAGUUGGAGAAACUCGAUAUCUCUGAGCCAGCAAAGGAGCAACAGCAACCAUCUGUUAGUGAAGGAGCCGCCACAGAGGAGGUUGUUCUUGGCCCAGAUGGCCAGCCGUUGUCCAAGAAGGCCUUGAAGAAGCUCCAAAAGGAACAAGAGAAGGAACGUAAGAAACAGGAGCGUGCUGCUCAAUUGGCCAAGGAACAAGCAGAGAAGGCUGCUAAGGCUGCAAAUGAUCCUGCUAAGGAGAACUAUGGUAAAUUGCCAUUGAUCCAAUCCCAAUACAGAACAGGUGUUCCAAGAGUCCUUUUGUCUACUUUGUCCGCCGCCAAUGACGGUGAAGAGGUUGUGUUGAGGGCACGUAUCCAUACCUCGCGUCAGCAAGGUGCCACUCUGGCCUUCCUUGCCCUGAGACAACAGGAUGAAUCAAUCCAAGCGUUGGUCAAAGCCAACGGUGAAUCUGUCUCCAAGCAAAUGGUUAAAUGGGCUGGUUCCAUCAACUUGGAAUCCAUUGUCCUUGUUCAUGGUGUUGUCAAGAAAGUUGAAGAGCCAAUCAAGUCUGCAUCUAUUCAAGACGCUGAGAUCCAUGUCACAAAGAUUUAUACCAUCGUUGAGACCCCAGAGAAAUUGCCAAUUCUCAUUGAGGAUGCCUCCAGAUCUGAUGCCCAAGCUGAAGCUGCUGGCUUGCCAGUGGUCAACUUGGACACUAGAUUGGAUGCUAGAGUUAUCGAUUUGAGAACUCAAACCAACCACUCGAUCUUCAAGAUUCAGGCUGGUGUCACAUCCCUCUUCAAGGAAUUCCUUCAAAGUAAGAGAUUUACUGAGAUUCACACUCCAAAGCUCCUUGGUGCUCCAUCUGAAGGUGGUGCCAACGUCUUUGAAGUCACAUACUUCAAGACUAAAGCCUACCUUGCCCAAUCUCCACAGCUUUACAAGCAACAACUGAUUGCUGCCGAUUUCGAACGUGUCUUCGAAGUUGCACCAGUGUUCAGAGCUGAGAACUCCAACACCCACCGUCACAUGACUGAGUUUGUUGGUUUGGAUUUGGAGAUGGCGUUUGAAGAGCACUACCAUGAGGUUUUGGAUUUGUUAUCUGACCUCUUUGUCUUUAUCUUUUCCGAGUUGAAGACCAGAUAUGCCAAGGAGAUUGCCGUUGUUAGAAAGCAAUACCCUGUUGAAGAGUUCAAGUUGCCAAAGGAUGGUAAGAUGGUUCGUCUUCACUUCAAGGACGGUAUCGAACUCUUGCGUACAAAGGGUGGUCGUACCGACAUUGGAGAAUUCGAUGACCUUUCUACAGAAGAUGAGAAACUGUUGGGAAGACUCGUCCGUGAAGAGUACGACACCGACUUCUACAUCUUGGACAAGUUCCCAUUGGCCAUCAGACCUUUCUACACCAUGCCAGACCCAGAGGACCCACGUUACUCCAACUCAUACGAUUUCUUCAUGCGUGGUGAGGAGAUUCUAUCUGGUGCCCAGCGUAUCCAUGACCCAGAACUCCUUGCAGAGCGUAUGAAGAUCCAUGACGUUGAUCCACAAGGCCCAGGCUUGAAGGACUACGUCGAUGCCUUCACCUACGGUUGUCCUCCACACGCCGGUGGUGGUAUUGGUCUCGAACGUGUCGUCAUGUUCUACUUGGACUUGAAGAACAUUCGUCGUGCAUCUCUCUUCCCUCGUGAUCCAAAGAGACUUCGUCCAUGAAUAUACGCUUAGAUAUCUUGGUGAAUAUAUCAGUUGUUACAUACAGCGCAUACCAUAAUUGUAAAAUUGCGUAAAAGUUGCGUAAAAGCUGCGCAAAAGUUGCGCAAACGUUGCGCAAAAACCGAAGCCAGAAGGCCGGACCCCGCACGCUUAGAAAACAUCCAGACACACAGAGGUUUUUUUCCUUCUCGUGCCUAUAAUCUCGG